UUUCGACUAUUUAACGGAAUUGCACUAGCAAUUGGUAAUCGAAUGCAAGAAUGCAUUCGAGAAUUAAACCCUUUGAAAAAUGAAGCGGAAUUGGGAUUGGCUGCCACAGUGGCACUAAUACACGCUCAUAAAAAUUGUCACGUAAUAGAUCGAGACGCACUACAGGUACUAGAAACUCGAAUUGGCGACAGAGUUAGUCUGAAAAACUCAAGUAAUGCUCAAUCAUACUACUAUGCAGCUGUUUUUUAUUACUUGAUUGAUGAUUUGAAGACUGCUAUGGAACAUAUCGAAAUUGUUAUGAAAAUGAAAGACAAUACUUACGAUGACGCAUUGAUAUUGAGAAUAUGGUGUCAGCUUUCUUUAAGUUUCGACCAGUCGGCAGCUAAUAGCAAAAUCCAAAACACGCUGGAAAUGUGUAUUGCUCGAAGCAAUGGAAAAAAUAUUGAUGCAUCCUUAGCACUUGUUCGAUAUUAUCAAAACACUCGCAAGUUUAAGGAAGCACUUUCAGUCAUUGAGAAGCUAAGCAUUCGAUUGCCUGAGAUAAAUAUUCUACUUAUUGAGAAAAUGAAUUUGCAUUUAGCAGCCCUGGACUGGGACCAAUCGAUGGAUACUUCAAUGCGCGUCAUUAAUUUAGAGCCUUAUAAUAUUGCUGCUUUACUUACUAAAGGCGUACUGCACAUAAUUCGCGAGAGUAAUAUCAAAGCAGGGGCAACAUCACUGCAGCAACUCCUCGCAUCUGUGGAUCGCAACGAGCCUGGAAAUCACACACUACUUCUGGAAAUAUGCCAACUAUUCUCAAGAAUUUGUUCGCGAAACUUUGAUGUGCUUCAAAUAACUCACUUAUGUGUGGAAAAAAUGAAUCAACAGAAUCCUGCCGAUGUAUUCAUUUUAACUGAAUUAGGAUACCAGGAGUUGCUUUUAAACAAAAUUGUUAAUGCAGAAUUGACAUUCCGCUCGGCUUGCGAUGUUAAUAGUAGAAACUUUGAAGCAUUUUGUGGUCUAACUUUGUGCAAACUGAAGGCACAAAUGAAUGCGGAAAACAGGCAGCAGAUACGUCAGCAAUUGGCAUUUCUUAUGAAGCUCGCCGAAUACAAACCUAACCCUUUGGUUCUGUAUAUGUCUGCUUUACUGGCUGAAACUGAUAAUAUUAAAGAGCAACAAUUGUCACCAGUGCAAAUACUCGAGGAAGCUAUAGAAUUACAUUUCCGAAAACUUGAAUCGUUUUCGUUUGGUAUUGAUUACAUCCGCCACAUGAAUCCGGAAUUUAUGCUAGACUUAUGCAAGACGUUCAUUGGACACACGCCCCCUCUCUUGCAGAAAGCCUACUUUGAGAUCAACCUAAGUAUGGGGCAGCAGUCAAUGCACAUUACGAUUAAAGACACUCUGAACAUACUGGAAAGCAUACUUCAAAUUUGCCCUGGACACCAAGGAGUAUGCAUUUGUAUUAUUUUAACUAUCCCAAUUGGUGAACAGAAAUUAUUUUUUAAAGGGAUCGAUAUUUAUUGUUACUGCACUUUAUAAAUUACAAUCGGUUCAAUUCUUCCAAAAAAUUUUAUUAGACAUUUUGUCUAUGUUACUCUUUCCAUGUAUUUAUUCGAGUCACACAUAUCCCUUCAUCAGCUUUAAUCAUUUAUUUAAUGACAAUAUUUUAUUUGCACCAUUUGUAAUAAUACAUUUUCUAAACAGGCGAUGUUUAUGCGUGGAAAUAUUUACUUCAUAUGCGGCGAGUAUUCGAAAGCCGUGUCACAGCUGCGAAGUGUACUUAACGUCGUUGGAGAGAAAUAUACUGAUGCUUAUUUGCUUCUAGCUCAGAUACUAGUAGAGAAAAAACAAUAUACUAAAGCGUUCGAAUAUUUAGAGCUUGCGUUGGUUCAUAAAUUUACAGUGCGCGACAUGCCUAUGUAUCAUCUACUUAAAGGCAUAAUAUAUAAAAAUCAAAAUAAUAUUUUGGAAGCACAUCAGAGCUUUCUGUUAGCGAUGCAGUUAGCUGGUGGCGGGGUAAAAACGGAAAUUCAACCUCUAGAUUAUAGCCUUGAUAAAAGGUUAACUAUCUCAGAUAAAAUGACUUUGUAUAUCGAGCUAAUCUAUAUUCUUCGUGAAAUGCCUGAUUCACAGGGCAUUUACGAAAGUGAGCGCAUUUUACAAACUGCACUUGAAGAAUUUAAAGGAUCUGUUGAAAUGGGUCGAUUGGUUAUUGCCCAUUCGAAACUUAAGAUUGAGAAAAGUGAUAUAUCAACGGCAAUAGAUCUGCUUUCCUCAAUUAAGCCAGAUCAAACAUAUUACGUACAGGCUCGGAUACAAUUGGCUAAUAUUUACCUGCAGCAUCAAAAGAAUCGCUGUGGUUUCGCAAAGUGUUUUAAAGACUUAGUCGAAAUUCGUCCUGAACCCCAAAACUUCUUGAUGCUAGGGGAGGCGUGCCUAUCUAUUCAAGAGACUACCACGGCUAUUUGUGCGUACCGAAAUGCAUAUAAGAUGAGUCCAUCAAAUGCUGUAUUGGCUAGAGAAUUAGGUCGAGCAUAUGUUAAAAGUCAUCAUUAUGCUAAAGCUUUAAAAUAUUACCACGAAGUAAUACAAAACCCCGAUUGCUCUGCAUUAAAAUUAGACUUAGCCGAAUUGUUUUUAAAAUUGAAGCACUAUCAAAACUCAGUUAAUAUAUUAUCGGAGACAGAUGGCCAUAAAAUAAAUGAUGACAGCUUGACAGAGCUCCAACUAAGAACCAAGAGACUUUUAUUACUGGCUCGUGUCCAUGAGAAGUCUGGAAAUGUUUCCGAGUCUUUGAAAGCAUUAGAUCGAGCUCGCGAUAACCAAGUUAUAAUUCAAAAGCGUUGCGCUAUUGAUCAGUCUGAGAGUUUACAUGAGCAACACAAAAUAUUGUCGAAAAUAUGCUUACUUGUGGCGCAGCAAGCAAUUCUUAUAAAAAACAACGAAUUGGCUUUGACCAAUUUUAAGGAGUGCAUUAAGUACACACCAAACGAUAUUGACAUAUUAGUAUCUCUUGCAAAACUUCAAAUGAAACUCAAGGAAAUGAACUUAUGUCAAAAUACUUGCAUGCAGAUCCUGCAAAUUAAUGCUAAUAAUGAAUCUGCAUCAUUACUAAUGGCGGACUUAUCAUUUCGAAAGAUGGAAUUCGAGAAUGCUGCGUAUCAUUUCUCUCAACUAUUGAUAUUGCAACCGUGUAACUGGACAGCAUUAACGCGACUUAUUGAGGUUAUGCGGCGUUUUGGCACUUUGCUGGAAAGUUUACCGUUCUUACAGCGAGCAGCACAAGCUUCUGAGCAGUACAAAAACUCAUUGGAACUUAACUAUUGUAACGGGUUAUUUGAAUGGUAUAAUGGCAGCCUUAAUAGUGCGUUGCGCUAUUUUAAUUUAUCGCGUAGGGAUCCUGUUUGGGGUUUGCAAUCUAAACUAAAUAUGAUCGAUAUAUGCCUUAAUCCUGAUGGCGAAACACCGAAUUCAAAUGAUAUUUUUGAAGCUGGUGACAGCGGAGAGUUUAAUGAAUCUCGGUUAAUUGCUCUGCGCACCGCAGAGCGUUUAAUUAAGGAAAUGGAUCCUAAACCUGGAGAAAAUUUUGAAAAUGCUAUAACUUAUCGUGUUCUUUGGAAUUUUCUUCAAAUAGCUUCCAAGCAAAAAUUCCAAAUUGAAACAGCCUUGAAAGAUCUUACAGAACUUAGUCAGACGGACGGCAAUCCGUUAAUGGUAAUAGUUGUUUAUGGCAUAGCGUUGGCUUUAGUUCAAUUAAAACAAAUUCAACGAGCAAAAAAUCACCUAAAACGCAUAGCUCGCUUAAGUUGGAGCUAUGAAGACGCCGAAUAUUUGGAGCGAAGCUGGUUGCUGUUAGCUGACAUCUAUAUUCAUGCCAAUAAGUUGGAAGUUGCGGAAUCACUCGUGGACCGAGUCCUAGAAUAUAAUAAAUCCUGCACAAAAGCUUACGAAUUGGCGGGAUAUAUUGCAGAAAAAAAUCAAUCAUAUAAUAACGCAAUCAAGUAUUAUGAAAAUGCCUGGAAAAGUUGUGGGCGCUCCAAGCCACAUAUCGGCUAUAAAUUAGCUUUGAGCAAUAUGAAAAAGAAAGAAUAUACAAAUGCAGUUAAUAUAUGUCAGCAAGUUUUAAAAAUUUACCCAGACUAUACAAUAAUUCGCAAAGAUAUUCUUGAAAAAUGUCGAAACAAUGUAAGAUCUUAAAUUAAUAUUUAUUAUUAUUUUUUUUUAACUUUGGAACACGUGACAUCGAUCAAGUUGUCCGAUUAAGCUCACGCAUUAUUAAAAUUGUUCAUCGGUCAAAUCAUUGAGUUGAUAUACAAUAUAAGUAAUUAUUUUUAACGUAUUUAGUAAUAUAGUAUUUAGUAAUAUACAGCUAGUCAGCACCUUGACAUCGUGGGGACAAUGGCCCCAAUAUGGUCGCACCAGCAAAUAACAACUAUCAAUUGUGCUGCGUCAGCAUAAAUUAAGUCACCAGGUCUCUGGGAACAGCGAUCACCACCUUACAAAAGACGAAUUAUCUUAGGACUUAAAUUCAAGCACCCAAAACCCUUAACGACAUCCGUUGCGUCAGCAGAGGUUUUUUAAUUAUAAAUUAAAAUUUCCUAAGUUAGUUCUAAUUAGAUUCGAUAAAAAACAGACGUCUUUUUUUUAUAAAAAAAAUUCUUUGUUUUUGGUAGGCAUAAAAACUUUGUAUCUUUACUGUUUGCACUGAUUAUAAAUUAA